AAACCCCUCAGACCCGGAGUGAAGGGGCACCGCUCCCCCGAAAAAAAAACCCUAACCCUGAGCCUGUCGCCCGUCCUGAGACACAACAACAAAAACCCCAACGAUGCAACCUGCGCCAGGAGGCCUAAGAGGGAUUCCCUGAAGAAGAAGAAGAAGAAGAAGGAGGAAAAAAUGCCAGUGAGGCUGAAGCUGAUGUGACACAGCUUGUGCUGGAAGAAAGCUGACUCAUCAAAUAUCAAUCCCUCUGGGACCGACUAAGCAGCCGAGAGCAACUAAUAUCACCUAAUGCCAAGCUAGAAGAGCACCUCACACGCGCACGCACGCUCACACGCUCACACCCCCACCUUCAUCUGGAGAUUAUCAGACAGACAAAAGAAGAAGAAGACGGGAUAAAAAGCUCUCCAGCAGGAAUAUAUACAACACCAAGCACAUUUUGGCACCAGCAGGCCUAACAGAGACUGCUGUCCUGCUGUCCAGCGGCUGCCAAAUCUAAGAAUGGCAUCACAGCGCUUCAGCUGAACCUCACGGACUAACUGACCCCAUCGCCCACUCCCCCUUUCACACCCCUUCUCCUCCCACGAACAGACACAUCAACAACCAGCUGAUAAGACAACCUUCAUCUUCCAUCAGUUUCGCCGAAACUAUUAAGUGGAAAAUUUGGGGCGGAGGUCACUCGCUCUCUUGAGUCCCUCUCUUUGCCCGGCCCAGCUAGGCACUGCCACAGUAAAGUCUGCUUUCACCUCCUCCCCCCCCCCCCCCUCUCCCCGUCUCGCAGACCAUGAUGUUUCGCGAUCAGGUGGGCGUGUUAGCCAGCUGGUUCAAGGGGUGGAAUGAGUGCGAGCAGACGGUGGCUCUGCUGUCCCUGUUGAAGAGGGUGAGCCGGACCCAGGCCCGCUUCCUGCAGCUCUGUCUGGAGCACUCUCUCGCUGAGUGCACCGAACUGCAGGUCCUGGAGGGAGAGGCCAACAACCCAGGUGUGAUCAGCCAAUGGCAAAGCGAGCCGAAGGAACGCGUCAUCUCGCUCGUCCUCACCCAUCUCCCGCUCCUCAAACCCGGCAACGUAGAAGCGAAGGGUGAGUACAUGCGCCUGCUGCCUCGCAUCCUGGCCCACACCAUCGAGCACGGCCACCACUUGGAGGAGUCCCGCCAGCUCCUUUCCUACGCCCUCAUCCACCCCGCCACCUCCCUAGAGGACCGCGCCGCCCUGGCGCUCUGGCUCAACCACCUGGAGGAGAGGGCGGCCGCCAGGGGAGACUCCCUUGAGAGGCCGCCUCCCUCGGGUCCUCAUCACCACCACCAGUCCACACCUCCAUCCACUCUCACUUCGUCAGGAUCCUCCUCUUCCUCCACCAACAACUCUUCGUCAGGAAACCUCUACUCUUUGCAUCACCACCAGCGCUACGGCUCGGACGACCGCCUCAACGGGUGGCAGAGCUCCAGGGACUCUGGGCUGGGCGGAGGCUGGCAUCAGCAGCAGCAGGGCUGUGAGAACGGGCACCUGCUGCUUUACCCGUCGUCCUCUGUGCCGGCAACUAUCAAUACGGUGGGAACCGGCGGUAACACUAUCCUGACGAGCGGAGGCGGCAGUCAGCAGCACAGUCCCCUGAAGCGCUCCGUGUCUCUCACCCCUCCGAUGAGCGGCCCCAGCAACCAGUCUCUGGGCCACGUCUGGCUCUCUCAGGAGGACCUACCGACCGCCAGAGGCCCCGCCCUGGACCACGCGCCCCUGUCGCCCCAGAGCAGCAUCGCCUCCUCGGGUAGCGGAGGCAGCGAGCACCUGGAAGAGGCCGGUUUAGGAGGAGGCUCAAGUCUGCAUCGUAGCUCCUUCCACGAGGAGGGCAGCGGCAUGAGAGAUGUUCCUGCGUGGCUGAAGAGUCUCCGUCUCCACAAGUAUGCUGCGCUCUUCUCCACCUUGACCUACGAUGAGAUGAUGUCACUGACUGAAGAGCAGCUUGAAGCACAGAAAGUCACCAAAGGAGCAAGACAUAAGAUUGUCAUCAGCAUUCAGAAGCUCAAAGAGAGGCAGAACCUCCUACGCAGCCUGGAAAAGGACGUGUUGGAGGGCAGUAAUCUGCGUGCCCCGCUGCAGGAACUCCACCAGAUGAUCAUGACACCCAUCAAGGCUUUCAGUGGUGGUGAGGAGGCCUCCCUGCAGCGCCCCCUUCUGACCUCAGAGGGCAAAAGCGUCGCACCUGGCUCCCACCUGGCAGGAGGCGGAGGGGAAGCUGAGUCAGGCACCAGCCUGAUUGCAGAGGGGGAUCUACCUGGCCAGUUCACUCGUGUCAUGGGCAAAGUUUGCACCCAGCUGCUGGUGUCGAGGUCAGACGAGGACAACAUCAGCUCCUACCUACAACUCAUCGACAAGUGCCUUAUCCAUGAGUCCUUCACUGAGACGCAGAAGAAGAGGCUGUUGUCAUGGAAACAACAGGUCCAGAGGCUGUUCCGGUCCAUUCCUAGGAAAACCCUCCUUGACAUAGCAGGGUACCGACCGCAGAGGAGCCGUGGAUUCGGCCAGUCCAACUCUCUCCCCACCUCUAGCUGUGUUGGGAGCAGCGUGGCGGCCAGGAGGAGCCUUCGCCAGUUCCAGAUGCCCUCCAGGAGCCUGCCUGGUGCCAGGCUGAGCCUGCUGGGCAGCGGGGGGCUUCUGGGACCCACACCUCGCAGCUCCAGCAGCACACCCACCGGCCCCAAACAGGGGAGACAAGGUCUGUGGUUUGCCAACCCCGUGAGGCAGCAACAGCAUGCCCAGUCGACCCACAGCUCCGUGCAGCGGACCCGCUCCCUGCUUCACACUACGCCACAAACCAUGGUCAUGUUCCAGCAAGCCGAUCUUCAGUUACCAGUGACGGAGCCAGACAUCAACAAUCGCCUUGAGUCCCUGUGUCUGAGUAUGACAGAGCACGCCUUGGGAGACGGAGCCGACCGCACAUCAACAAUAUGAAAUGAGGACCUGAGUGAGAGCAGCGGGACAGCGCAGGUUCACAAGGCUCUCUUACGAUAAGUCACCUCGAGGUCACCGGCCCUCCCGUCCCCUCUCCCUGUAGCCAAUGGUAGAGCUCAACCAAAGGACCGGGCGGGAUCCAAGAAACACAAGAGAGCCGAUCAUCCAACGGCUAACACAAGCUAUCACAUUGGCACCGUCCAUCGGGUCGCAAAAACACACUUCCUGCUACGCCAGCAUGCUCACAGUCACCUGUGUCUGGGUGAGGAGAGACAAAAGCAUUGAAAAUGGCCUGGACGGUGUGUGUGAACAGCGCCCCCCUGGGGGGGCCAGAAGCAUUACUACAGUCCACUCAGCCCCAGCAGAAGGGAGACGCUGGGCUGUGGAUCAGGGCCCAGUGAGACUGAGGCCCUCUCCCUCUCCGACACCCCUCUGGUCCCUGCACGUCGACCACAGCUCGUGGCACCUUUCAAAAACCCGUAACAGUACCUCAGACACAGAAACAAGACGAGACAAGCAGAGCUACACGACACCGAAGGAAGCGCAGGAUUUCCUUGACUGUUUUCAGUGAGGACCGAGUGUCCAGCGAGGACGCUUGUAAAGCUCGGCAAGGCAUCUCGCUCAACAUUGGGUGGCAAAAAAAAAAUUUGUAUUUUAUGUAUUUAUUGUUUACAUAAUGAUGCUACUUUCAAAGGGUACAGAAACAUGAAUUUCAGGUAUGAACGGUGUAAUAUUCUGUAAAGCCUCGGCUGCCCACCAGCUUUACGUCCCAUGAGUAGCCAUCACACUAGUUUACAAACCAACGUGCUUAUUCUUUAUUUAAUCAGCCAACAGCCAAGACGUGUUGGCGUUAAAAUCUACCGAGAAUAAGAGAAGAAGGAGAAGAAGAAGAGAGUGACAGAUGGAGGCAGAGCAGAUGUGUAGAGAGAGAAAGAGAGGGUGAGAGGAAGAACGUGCUGUGAAAAGAAAGACGCAGAAAGUCAUAAAGGAAGGAGAAAGAAAUCAAGCCUGGUGUUUGAGAAGUGAUACUGGAAAGGGAAGCGGAUGUUUAAAGGAGAAAGACAUCAGAGGCCGGACCUCUGAUCGGGGCUGAAAAUCGCAAAGGAAGAUGAUGUCAUGUCUAAUCAUGUUUGUGAGUCUGUUCAUGUGAGUGUGUGUGAGUUGAAGCAGGAAGUGAAUUUAGCACCGGGGUCAGUUACAUAUUGUUUUAUCCAUAGCAUGUACUGUAUGAACUCUUCGAACUCAAGGUGAGUUAUGUAUGAAAACGACGGCUUUUAUACACGUAAACAAUGGGAGAUUUAGGAUUUAAUAACAGCUGUAUCAUCAGUGGGAUCUGUCUGCAUGUUCAGAUAAUGGGUUCAAGUUAUUGUUUUGUUUAGUUUUUUUCUUCUUUAAAGCAGGGUGAUAUGCUUAAGCUGCAUGUUACACACUAAAAAAUAUAUUUCUUUCUUGGAGGGUAAAGGAAGAUUGAGAAAUGUGUGAAGAGAAAGAAAGAGGUAGAUUUGUUUUUUUCACUCCCUCACUCGUUCGCUCGUUCACUCGCCGUGUUGCAGAGAGACGAUUGCAACACCAGAGAUAUCACACGCUGUCAAUCCAUGAAGGGGGUAGUUGUUGUUGUUCCCAGAGAUUGUCUCAUUUAGCGCUUUACCUCCACCUGCUGGCCGGAAGCAGUCAAGGCGGGACAGACGCUGAAGUCACCACGGAUACACACACACACGAUGAUGAUGAUGAUGCCCGCAGAUAAGUCUAGUCUUGCAGGGAACGCCUGUGUAACGUGGUCCUCCGAGUCUGUUCGGUCCGUGCAGGCCGACAUGGAAUUAUUUCUUUUCCUUUUUUAUUUUAAAUUCUGAAUUUCAUGGUUAUUCUGUGUCUUAAUAUUUAUCCUCAGUUUAUUGUCUGGAGUACAGACUGUAUAAGAAUAGGUUUAUAUUGAAAUAAGCUGGUUAGGAAAAACCCCCCCCCCUCUUUUUUUCCAACUGAGCACGUGUGUCUCCGCACCAAUCGAUGACAGCAGGGGUUAAUUGGUUUUUUGUUGUUUUGUUUCUUUUAUUAGUUUUGUUGCAAUUCUGUAGUACUUCCUUUGUAUCCUGCACUUGAUAUGAUAAUGUGAUACACUAAAACAAAACAAAAAUCCAAAUAUUACAAGGCUCAAGCAAACAGGUGCUUUUGAGUCAGAUCAAACGGGAGCAGAUCAACGACACAGACAGAUGUUGGCAGAUGUUGAAUCCUGCAGCAGAGACACAAAAAAAAGCUCCUGAUUGAUGAUUUCUGUUUGUCUGAUGUCUGAUGUCAGAUAUCAGAGGAAACUUUGUCUCCUCG